AUAUUUUAUACAUGGAAGGGUACAGAGCCCCCUCUCCACCCCCAAUACCAGGCGUAUGUUCAUGCGUGUGUGGGCUGAGGUUGUCAGGGAGGAGCCGCAUCUCUCCACAUGCGGGCGAGCUGGAGAAGGUAUUUGCCGAUGUGGACCCAAGGCCGGGAGAUUUGGCAAACGCGACCGACGGCUUUCGGCCUUGAGCAUCACCCCGAGUGCACGAAAUCAUCAAAGUGGCAUAAGAGGGAAUGGACUGUUGAAUCGAUUAGCGUAUCUGCGUGCGGUGUCUAUUCUCUUAUAUAAGUGUCCUCCUUCCUGCUUCUAGAAACUAAAACAAACGGGCAGCGAUACUCUUCACUCAUCAAUCUUUUCCAUCGCACCCUUCAUCGAUACUAUUGUCCUACUUAGCCAUCAUGGUUAAAAUGCUUCAUCUCGGCCUUUUGGCGCUCUCGGCCGCUCUCUGCGAAGCUACUAAGCUCAUCAUCAAGCCAGACAAUGCCAAAUCGUUCACAGAUCCCAAAAUGCCACAUCUGUUGAACUUCACUGAGUCGCAGUUUUCCAGUGCGCUCGGGACGUCGUACUGGACGACCACCUUCCUGACCGCAUCCGACAAGCACCAGUAUUUGAUUGUCUCGCACGCUCUGUUGUCUUACCUCGGAGUUGAGGACCCUGACAUCACCGCGAGAUAUUCCAUCCUCGACAUCACGGACCCGUCUCGGUUCUGGGUCUAUCUGGGCUACGUUCCGACGCCUGAAUCUUUUGCCGGCCCGGACAAAAGGCUAUCGAUCGAUUACCCUAGCUUCGGUUUCAAGGCCCUCACGGAUGAUAGCGUUUCCAAAAUACAGGCAUGGGGGGAACGUCCUGAUUUCGGCUUCAACCUCACUUUCGAAGCUACAACCCAAGUACUGGUCAAUAAUGGCGGAGGCACUUGGAACUGGGGCACGGGGAACACGACUGAGUGGGCGCUUCCGAGUUGUCGAACCACCGGUACGUUGACUUUGGACGAGAAGGUCUUGACCAUCGACCCGGCCAACUCGUUUACCUGGUACGAUCGCCAAUUCUCCCACGGUGCGCCUCUCGGUAACUGGACCUGGUUUGAACUCAACUUCCCUAAAUCGGAAAUUAAGGCUAGCGUCUGGGCAAUCGACUCGAAUGAGCCAUCCCCUGGUAACUGGAGAUUCGCCACGGUGCGCACGAAGACGGGUUUGGAAAUCCUUACUAUCGAUUUCGACUCAUCCAAGGAUAAGACCUGGACUUCUCCCGACUCCAACAUCACGUAUCCGCUGCAGUGGGACCUGAAGUUCUCAAAUGGGGACUACUUGUCAAUUUCCUCCAUGCGCCCUGAGCAGGAAAUGUAUGGGAAUAGAUCUGCCACCGAUAUUGCCUACGAGGGUGGAAUUGUGGCCAAAGGCUCCUUUAUGGGUCAGAAGACAGGCUUUGGUGUGGUUGAGAUUGUUCAAACCAUCUAAGAUUUACCUUGCUUCUUGUGCUGGCGGCAUCUUACUGAGGUAAUUAGGCAAUUGUUGUUGGUGGCGAUGCUGGAGAGUCAUUCACCUGAUGGGGGGAGCUUCAUUAGGAUGUAAUAAUCUCAAGUGGUGGACUUUGCAACUUUAAAUUCUCUUCUAAACUUUACUGUCUUAUGGGUAGAAACCAUAUGAAUAUUUGAAAACGGAGUUAUUGAUAGUCCUUGAAGGCGCC